AUGCCUGUCCGGGCCAGCCUCUCUUCCUCGCCCCUGACAACCAGCACCGAGAGCCGAGCCCUGCCGGCCUGGCACUGUCACCAGGCCACGCUGGGACCCGUCUCUGCCAGGCAAGACCUCGCGCCCCGGGCCCUCAGCCCCUCCCCUGCGUUCCUUCCUCCCCGCUUCCACUCUCCUGCCCGGGGGCCUUCUCUGGGCGCCCUGACUGCUGAUCCGUCCACUUUCAGCACAGGGCCUGCACCCCGAGCCCACCCAUUCCUGUCCAUGCGCAGCCUCCCCCCGGGCGCCACCCGCUCCCUGCCUGCUGUGGUCCCCGGGAGCCCCAACGUGGCCACGACGGGCUGGGAGCGGGGGGGUCCUGUCCACCUCUCCGGCUUCUCCCUCCAGGGCCUUCUCGACGGCUGCCCACUGCGGGACGCAUCUCAGCACCUGGCCCCUCUCUACGUGCCCCUGUUGUCCUCACAGCCCUCUGACCAGCUGCGAUGCUCGUGCCCGCCCGCUGCUCCUCUCGUGCCCACCCCAGCCCUGGGCACGAGGGCCCUCCCACCUCAAGACCCAGCGCAGCCCCCGGGGCCCUCCUGGACGUUCGGGGACUGGGACGGGCUGAGAUGUUGUUCCCCAUCACGGCCACCAGGUGGCAGCACAGGCACCAGGAAGCCUGCCUGCGGCUGGGGCUGCCGAGAACCCAGGUCCGCAAGCAGGCGGCUUCACGCAGCAAAAGAGCAAAGUGGGCACCGGGUGCCCCGACCCACUGUGACGAGGCUGCUGGAGUCGUCGGAGGACGGCGCCCCGGGCGAGCGGGCGGAAACAGACGAAACCGCGACGGCGACAGGGCUCCUCCGCCCGGUCUCCACCCUUUGCGCCCUGGGUGGCUGCUCGCUGUCCCGCUGGACCGGCUAG